GUAAACAAAAAUGAUUACAUAAGGAAAAUGCAGAUUGAGAUAGGACGAUCACAAAGCUGAAUUCAAGGCGUUUGAACAUAGUUUUUUUUUAAUAAAAGUAUCUUGUCUUGUCUUAACUUUGAAGAGGCUCCGAUCUUGAGAUGGCUGCUCAACUGCUGAGAACAGCAUUAAGUCACCAAUGCUUGCAGCUUCAAAAUGAGAUUCGUUUGACAGCUGCCCGUGCUCUUAGCGUUUCGGCGCAAGCAAAGCAAGAAACACCCAAGGAUGGAGUGACAUGUGGCCGAAGUGCUACCAAUAACCCGGUGAAAGCGAAAACGCCCAUAGGUCGACUGGACGAGCCAGAAGAGGGCGCUCGCCACCCGUACCAGGAGAAGGAGCCGCUGCCAGAGUUCCCGGACGGUGUGAACCCGAGCACCGGCGAGAUUGGCGGCCCGCGCGGCCCCGAGCCCACCCGCUACGGAGACUGGGAGCGCAAGGGACGCGUCACAGACUUCUGAGCAUAGAUCUCUGACAGAAGCAUAGACUUCUCAGAGGCACAGAGUCGGGUGGUCCCUAGUGCAGAGCUGAGCGAUCGUGCGGCGGAUGGUGAUGUGGUGUUGUGUGCAGGCUGGUUGAAGAACUCCGGAUGUCAUUGAAUGAUCUGCGGGCUCUGCGAGCUGCUUGCGCCGGUUGUGAGAUCAUGAAGCGCCUGUUCGAGAUGUAGGGUGCUUUUGAAUGUGGACUGUGUGUCAGUCGUUCCCAAGCUUUAGUGGUUUUCUGACAGGAUUCAUGCAUACGUUAUGCUCACCUUAGGUUGUUAGCCAGGUUUAGAGACAUCACUAGAAAGACAAUAGACGGCAGUUUUUUUCAAACGACUCAUAUUCUCCUGUGACUCGUAGUCAGUUAUGCUGAACGGUAGUGCAAUACUGUGCAAAUACAUGUCUUGUUCUUCA